AUGGCACUUAAAAAAUCCGUCGUAAUUAUUGGAGGAGGAUGGAGUGGAGUUGGAGUUGCUGGAUCAUUAGCAUACAAUAAUUUUCAUGACUAUAUUUUAUUAGAACAAGCAGACAGUAUUGGAGGUUUUUGGAAAUAUCAUACCUACGAUUCUGUUCGGAUGCAUGAUCUGAGUAGAUUAUAUAAAACACCUCAUGAUCUUUCAGAGAAGUAUAAAGAUCAUUUUCUUUUGCAAUCCGAAGUGCCAAUAUAUUUACAGCAAUACGCAGAUUAUUAUGGAAUAUCAAAUCACAUACUAUUUGGAUUUAGAGUAACACAAAUUUCUCAUCAAGAUGAUGAAGAAUUCUGUUGGACUGUAACUGGAAUUAACGUAGGCGAAAAUAUUGAAAGAACUUACAUCUGUAAAUACCUUUGUAUUGCAACUUCUUACUGUCGAGUUCCAGUCAUUCCAGAAAAUAUAAAGAAAUCUAUGAAUCAUUUUAAAAGAAAGAUAAUUCAUUCAGCUGACUAUAAAAAUCCGUCGAACUUUGAUAUUUCAAAGCAUAGAAAAAUUCUUAUUAUUGGAGGUGGACAUUCAUCUUCAGAAAUCUCAACUGAAUUAACAGAUGCUGGAUUUCAUGUUACUAUUGCACAUCGUAGUGGACAGUAUUUUAUGAGACAACAAGAUUGGACAUCUUACUUAUCUAAUCAAACAAUUGAAAAAUCAUUACAAUAUUGGAGAUAUUCGAUGGCAGAUGAAAACUUUAAAGAGAUAUUGGAAAUAUUCAACGAACAAUUUUCGGAAAAAAAUAUAUCAUAUUAA